AUGCGAGGGCUGUUAGACCCCUCAGCAGAAGCCUGUUUCCGAGUCGACGGAAGGAGUCCGAUGACGUCGCUGUCUCCAGCAGCAUCGACAUCUACUCUGUCGUCCAACUCGGCGCCGUCUUCUGUCGCUAGCCCGCUGCCCGCAGGAUCGCGGAGGAAACGGCCGACGACGUUACACUGUUCCGAAGACGACUGCACUCGUUCCUUUACAAGCCAAUACACACUUAUGAAGCACGUCAAAGCGCACGAACGCAAGGAGAAAAAGUACUUCCCCUGUUCGAUGGGCUGCGAUAUGCGCUUUUCGCGGAAGCAUGAUAGGCUGCGGCAUGAGGUUACACAACACGGGCGGGUCUGCGAGUGGGGAUGCCCAGUUUGCUUGGGCUUCUUCUCGAGCGAGUCGACCUUGACGAAGCACAAGUGUAAGGCGACAGCGGGAUCGUCCAGAUGGUCUGGACCAUGA